UGGUUUAAGAAGCGAGCAGCGCGAGCGAGCGAGCGAGCCCGCGUGGCCAUGCAGAAGAAGAACAGCUCGGGAUCGCGAGGUCACGUACUAGCACAGCCGAGAGGUCAGCUUCAGCACCGAGUGGACGCCUACAGCACUACCGACGUCGGAGAAGACAGCGCAGGAGAAAAAGGUCAUAAAACUCUGGAAACCAGCGACACGUGCCAAAACUCCAAGGCAUCGCGAGCGCAUUCCAUCAAGUAUGGACGCCAAGUCCAACCCACCUGGCCCUCCUGUAACUUCGAGCCAAGGAUUACUGCAAGGCGGAACGUCUCGUGAAACUGGGAAGAGUAUACGUGCGGCACCAGUAUGCUCGGGGUCAGCGGUCCUCUCUUCCGCUUUCAUCGUCUGCAAAGAAUGCAGUGUCGCCGGUGUCCCCGAACAGCAACCUGCCUCGACCUUCGGCAAAACGAGACACCGCAAUUCGGUCGUCUGGAAGGCCACAAGAUCCAGCAGCUGAACACAAGUCCCCGAUAGGGUCCAGAGAGCAGCCAAAGGACCUCGCCGACACCGCCGCCCUUACUGCAGCGGCGACAUGUCAAGGUCCGACUCAGCGACAACGGCGACACCCCUCGCAGAAGCCGUCAAGCCGAGGUCCGCACCACCAGGCCGACGUGGUAGCAAAUCAGGAGAAGCAUCACGGGAAACGGCACAAACCUAAAGUCGCGGACGUGACAGGAGGUCACAACGACGACGUGCGGAUGCUCAGCCACGCGCUGCUGUCUCCUCCAGCCGUCGACAAUGAACGACAGCCGAAGGCACCAUCAGAGGAAAACAACCCCGGAGUAAUAGAGACCAAGGUUACCGACUUCCUCAGUCACGUGGAACGAAAUUCGCCCCAGCGGAGAUACGAGAGCCCCGACGAAGGACCUCGCGUUGCUUCUUCAGGCUCGGCGGCCACAUCAGAGAACGCGCGCUUUGACGACGGUAGCAAAAGUAAGGAGGAUGGCGGCCAAAGUGGAACCACUGCGAGCCACGACGUAGACGGCAAGACGCCUGUCGGGGCCACCGCAAAUCCCAAAGCCGAGGAAAAUACAGGACGGAGGAUUGGCAGCUGUGCUGAGAGCCGAGCGUUAGACGGCAAGCCGCUCGUCGGGACCACUGCCAAUGCUGGUGCCAAGGAAAAUGCAGGACGGGAUACUGUCGAGAAUCCUGGAGGCGGAAGAGAAGGCGGUGCUGUCGGCGGAGAAGUGCACAAGAAACCGAGCGCAGUGACAGUCGUCUCGCCACAUGCAGAAGCGGGAGGUGUCAAACAGACAAGGCGUGAAAGCGACGCAGGGGCGACACCUAGCCCGACGAUCUACACCCAAAAGACGACAAUGACCGGUCGUAAUCGCUCGCGAAAGUCGGUCGACCAACGUUCUGUGUACUCGCUUUCAACGCUCAAGGACUUGGCAAGUAUUUCAAUAUGCGGUUGUUGCCAGUGCAGGCUUGCGUUGAUGUCAGAGAGAGAAAAAAACAAAGAAUCCGGCAUGCUAUUAAAGGGGCACUAA